AUGCGUUUCCUUUCCGCCGGAGUGAAGACCGCCGUGUUACAGAGCCGUAGAAUGGCUUCGCUGCUCAUCAACGACUCCAAGUACGCCUUCUUGAAGGACUUGGGCCUCUCAGAGACGAAUUCCGGCGUCUUCAACGGGAAAUGGGCCGCGUCCGGACCGGUCACCCAGUCCUUCAGCCCCGCCAACAACCUUCCCAUCGCCAAUGUUGGAUUUUUUUGUGGUUUUUUAUGAAAAGAAUAUGUUAUAUUAGACAUGACAUAGGCAAAGUCGAGAAGGGUGGAAAAAGGCUCUAUAGAAAUUUUCCUUUUAGGGUGAAAAAGGUUGCUUUUUUGCGACAGUUCAUCGGCUCUUUAGCACCAUUUUUGCUGCCUAUCCCUUUUUCACUAUUUCUCGAGCCUUUAAAAUCUCAGAAAAUAUGGAAGGAUCGGUAAAGGAACUCAUUUUUCUGCCUUUUUGCUGCCUUUUUGAUGCCCUUUUCCUGCCUUUUUGCGGCCUUUCUGCGGCCUUUUUGCGGCCUUUUUGAUGCCUUUUUGCGGCCUUUCUGCUCCCUUUUUUGAGCCUCUACCUUUUACCGGCCAUUCCGACUUUGCCCGAGUAGUAAAGUACUCAACUGGGAGGUUUUUACAAUUUAAGCUUAGAAUUUCUUAAAUAUUCCAUCUUCGGUUGCCAAAAGAGAUUGAAAAAAUCGCAUCAGGGUUUUUUCAAAACCAAUUUCUGCUCUAAAAAAUGCUCUCCAUAAGGAUCAUUCCAGAUUUUUUUAAAAAAAUUCAUAUUUGUACACUUUCCAGAUCCAAAACGGAACCACGGAAGACUUCGACAAGGCUGUUGUUGAAGCCAGGAAGGCUUAUGAGGUACAGCUUCUUUUUGAUUUUUGUUUUUUACUAGGAGAACAGAAUAAUUUUUUUUAUGAAAGCUGCUUUUUAUAGUUUCUUUAGUAUUCGAAUUUCAAGCGGUUAAUUCUGCCCCGGGGCUACAGUACCUUUUCGCUUCAAUUUUAUAUUCCGAUGAUCCUUUAAUAGCGCUGAAUUUUUUGAUCCCACGCCUUGAAAAAGUCAAAAAAUGGGGCGCUAUUAAAGGACCACCAUCAUCAAGCGUGUUACGACAUCGACACGAAAAGGUACUGUAGCCUCCGGGGAGGAGUUAGCUUUCUGACGAUAUUUCUGAUCUAGCGUCUUGAAAAUUGAAGUUUGAAAAAUGUAUAGCUAUUAAAGGACCAUUGUCACGAAUUGCGAUAAAACUUUGACGGGAAAAGGUACUGUAGCCUUCCUGACGAUCGUUUAGAUCGAACUUUUUAGAAAUGGAAAGUCAAAAAAUACAACGCUAUUAAAGGACCAGCGUAAUAAAAUUUUGACGCGAAAAGGUACUGUAGCCUCGGGGCGGAGUUAGCUCCUUGAUGAUAUUUUUGAUCUAAAAUCUUGUGAAUGAAAAUUUUAAAAAAAUGCUAAUAGCUAAUAAAGGACUUGAUCAUAAAGCAAAAAAAAAAAAUUUCGGCGCUAAAAGGUACCGUAAACCCGGGGGGCGGGGCUAGAUUCCGAAUUUGAAAAAAAUAUUCCAUCAUUCUCAACUUUUUCAGCAAUGGUGCGAGGUCCCGGCGCCGCGUCGCGGUGAAGUCGUCCGUCAAAUUGGCGACAAACUCCGCGCCAACCUCCAGAACUUGGGAGCUCUUGUCUCCCUCGAAAUGGGAAAAAUCUCCGCCGAAGGUGUUGGAGAAGUUCAGGUAGAAAUCAUGAAAAAUUGAAGCCAAAAGUAGGGCUCAAAUUUUUUUUUGUUCUGCUCAGACAUUGGUAACGCGAAACGGACGUGCUCCGGGCGAUUCUAGGAAUCACUUAAGAGUGCUGAGGCUACUAAAGUGGUCACUAGAAAUGUCCCGACACGUCCGAUUCGCGUUACCAAGGUUCGAGUGGGUGUUGGAAGUCAUUCAGUUCAUUUAUUCCUGUAUUUUUGAGUUUCUCUUUCCGAAGAAAAUCCUUCUAAAACUUCUAAUAUUUGUCCUCAAUUUUUCACUUUUCACAAGUGAAUAUUUUUCGAGAAAUUAGUCGGAAUAAGUCUUCAGGAUUCUUUGAAAUGAAACUUUUUCAGAGUUAUCUUUCGAAAAGUAGGUCUUUGGAACUUUCAGUAUUUUUAUUCGUUAUAGAAAGGAUUUUUUUAGCAAUUUCAAAAAUAAAUGACCUACAUUUUUUGAAAUUGUUUAAAAUUGGUGUAAAAAAGCUCGAAAAAGAGCCACUUUUCUUGAAAAAUGGGCUUCGAAAUUCUCACUGAGUAUUUGAUUGAGGGGUUCAGAAAUAUAGGAACAAGUAAGUUUUCAAUUUGAAGGAAUACGUCGACAUUUGCGACUACGCCACGGGUCUCUCCAGAAGCCUCGAAGGCCGAAUUUUCCCCUCGGAAAGGCCUGGACACACCCUUUUGGAACAGUGGAACCCCCUUGGUUUUUCAUUCACUUCAGGAAAGAUCAAAGAAAUAUUUAUUUGAAGGAGUCGUUGGAGUGAUUUCGGCGUUCAACUUCCCUUGUGCCGUCUAUGGAUGGAACAACGCCUUGGCCCUGGUUACAGGUAGAAAUUAAGAAGAAAAAGCACCUAUUCGAAAAUUUCCAUUUUUUCCAUCUCAUCAUUUUUCACUUUGAUUGCUUUGUAUAGACGAUUCACGGCUAGCUUGGGACGCAAAAAGGCGUGGCCUGUCUGCACCCUCCACUAACCAGGGCACUUUCUCGUCUCUUUUCGUGGCAGGACCCUUAUCUCGAUGGCUCAAGCCAGCCGUGAAUCAGCUAUAAUUCCCUGUUAAUUUUCUGUAAGCGCAGAAGAAAUCGAGAAGUUCAAAAUCAAGUUAUUUCGCUGAAUUUAGCUUCAGCCUUCAACUUCAGUUCAAUAAUCAAUAAUUUUCUAGUUAAUUUUUACUUUUUUCAGUAAAUCCUCUAAUUUGGAAACCGGCCCCGCUUGAUUUUUUAAAUGCGCACAAAAUUUGAAAAAUAAAAAAUCAAGUUAUUUCGCUGAAUUUAGCUUCAUUUCAAUAAUCAAUAACUUCCUAGCUAAAUUUCCCUUUUUUUCAGAAAAUUCCCUGAUCUGGAGACCGGCCCGCUUGAUUUUUUAAAUGCACACAAAAUUUGAAAAAUAAAAAAUCAAUUACUUUUGCUGAUUACAGUUUUAACCCAAACUCAAUAAUUUCCUAGCUAAUUUUCCCUUUUUUUCAGGAAAUUCCCUAAUCUGGAAACCGGCUCCCUCUACUCCCCUCACUGCAAUUGCUGUCACGAAGUGAUCUUCAAAAAUAAAUUCAAAUCUCAAAAUUCAAUUUUCAGACUCAUUGAGGAAGUUUUGAAGGCGAAUAACUUGCCCGGAGGUCUUUGCUCCCUCGUUUGUGGAGAGGUUUUUUUAGUUUUUGAAUUUUUCUUGAAAAUUCGUUUACAGAGAGAUAGACGGUCUUAGAUUUGUGUAGGAAAAAUUUUUUUUUGUGAAUAUUUGGGGGUAUGAAAACAAGAUUAGCGAAAUUUGCGUUGGCGAACAUCGAAGACCGCGAAAUCGCGGGCGGUGUAUGCCACCGUGUAUGCAUACUGUUUGCGCAAAAAUCAAUAAACACCUUCACCCAGUUUUACGGACGAGGUCGCAGCGAGAGAAACGCUAUAUCGCGGGGGAGCCGCGAGCUAUAUCGCUCGCCUCUCGGCGCAAGGUCGCUCACAUCUCGCUGCUAUGUCGCUCUUUCAAAAAAAAUUUUUAGCUCGAUUGGGCUUUUUUUUCUUGAUUUGCUUUCUAUGCUUCAUACUUUUAUUGUGUUGUACAUGAUAACAUAUCGGUCUUUAUCAACCUUCUUUACUUUUUUUAUUUAAUUUAAAACAAUAUAUAUUAAAAUGAAAAACUUGAGAGCAUUAAAGAAAUUUUUCCAAAUAAUUGAUGAUACAUUUUCGAAUUCGAAGUAAACGGAAAGUAUGUACAAAUCUGAAGAAGAAAAAUUGAAUUGAGGCGAAAGAGUGAAGCUUCAAGUAAGAAUAGAAAAAGGACAAUAUGACGAAAAAAACAUGUGUAUCGUUUAUUUUUUUGAUAGGAAAAAAAUGUGACUAGGAAAAAGAGUAGGUUCAAUAAAAAAACAGAAAAAGUAAACCGAUUGUAAGCUCGUAGAUGAUCUUUAAAAAGUUCAAAUUAGAAAAAAUGAAUGAGGGAGGCUCGAAAUGAAAAAUGAAAGAAGUUUUGAAAAAAAGAAAAAUUAAGUUAAACAAUCAGAUUGACACUAAGUUCCCUUUAAAAAAUGUUACUGUAAGCUUUGACUCGAUAGUUUUUCGGCAUAUCCUUCAUUUGCUGCGUCAAGAACUUUUCUAAAUGAUAAAAUCGGUUAAAAAAAGAGAAAUACUGAAAAAAAGUCCAACCUUGAAUAAGAGAAUAACUCACAGGAGCGACUGUAUCAAGACAGCAGUACGUGCUUUCUCGAAAUCAUGCCUCAUUUCUUCUUUUACUUACCCAUCGACGCCAAAGUGCAAAUCAUAUCUUCAAGUAAAAAAUGGAUAUACUGUUUCAAAAAAAUAGUUUACCAAAAAAAUCUUAUUGAUUGUAUCCAAAAGCAAAGUUUCGGUGCCAUCUCCCACGGAUCUUUCUUGACUUUUAUUGAUCGAAAAAAAGGGUUAGAUGCCUUUUUGAAGUACUAAUAACCUGAAAUUCUUGGUUGAAACAUUAAAAAAAAACGCGGAAAAAGGACUUUCAAAUUCAAGAAAGGUGUGCAGUUCCGUCAAAAAUAUACAAAAAAAGCUUUUUUUCUUUAUCACAACUUUCUUUAAUGGGAUUUCACCCUUUUUGAAACUCUCUGGAAAUAUGAUGACUGUUGAUUGUAACACCGUGGUGAAAAACUUAGAAACACAGCUGAAAAAAAGUUUCAGAAAGAUUGAGCUCUAUACGAGGAAGUUGUGAGCGAAAAAAACAUUUUUUUCCUUUUCUGACGGUACUGUAUGAGCGUUACAUUAGUUGUAAAAAUUAACAUUUUAGAAAUAUUAAGUGAAAAAAAUAGACAUAAAAAAAUCAGAGAGAAUCUAACAGACGAAAAAAAUAAAACAAUUCAAGUAAAAUUUUGAUGGCACGUAAAUAGUGACCAAUCGAUAAUCCGCGACCUCGCGCCGAUAUCGCGCCGGGAGUUUGCUAGAGCUGAGCGAGAUGGCAGCGAGAUAUGUCGCUGCUAUGUCGCGCCACCUCGCUGCGAUAUAGUCCACGAAACUGGGUGUUCCGACGGAACUUUUUCCGACUUUUUUGCCUCUUCUUUCAAAUUUUUGGAUUUCGUCACUCAUUUUUUUGGGUUUUUUCUGUUAUUUCAUCUUUUCCAUCGCAUUAUGAUUCUCUGGUACGCAUUGUUCCUAAUUUUUCUCGAUAACAAUAUAUUUAUCCGAUAGGAAACGAUGUCAAUGAAAGAAAAAAAGAUUUGGAAACAACAAAUUUAUGGACUAUGGUGAAAUAAAAUGAAAUAAAAAAAGAAAUUGGAAAAAUAAGAAAUGACACGAGAAGAAUGUGAAAGAUAGGAAAUUUUUUUGAUGUUGCCCGAAACGAAAAACAAUAAUUUACAGAUUUGUAGGAAUCAGUGUCCCUCAAGUAAUCAAGCAUGUCAUCCAAUGUUUCUCUCAUAGCUCUUUCUUCUUCACUCAUUCUGUAAUUGAAACGCAGAAAAAACUGUUAUAAACAAUGUUCCAACAGCCAUCACGACGAAAAAUUAUUCCAAAAAAAUUUUUUUUGCUUCAAACAAAAAAAUUGAGGCCUUUUUUUCCGAUACAAGGAUCAUAAUGCGAUGGAAAAAGAUGAAAUAACAGAAAAACAAAAAAAUGAGUGACGAAAUCCAAAAAAAUUUGAAAAAAAGGCAAAAAGUCGGAAAAAAAGUUCCGUCGGAAAGGUGUUUAUUGAUUUUUUUGCGCAAACAGUAUGCAUACACGGUGGCAUACACCACCCGCGAUUUUGCGGUCUUCGAUAAGUUCGCCAACGCAAAUUUCGCUAAUCUUGUUUUCAUACCCCCGAAUAUUUUUUUAUUUUGAAGAGGGUUAACCCGAUACAUUUUAAAUGCGAUUUUUUUGUUCGAUCUUGAUUUUUUUAUAAAUGUUUUGAUAUGACCAAUUUUUUUAGCCAAAUAAAAAAAUUGUUCUGAAGUUUGAUUUUUUUUUUUUGGCUUCAAAAUUUUCCUUACGUCGAGUUUUAACGAAUAAAUCUUCUUUACACGAAUCUUUAGAAAAGGAAAAAAAAAAUGUAAUUUCAUGACUUCCUCUGGUUUCAGGGCUAGGAAAAUAAAUUUAUAUGCAAAAAGUUGGGUAAAGUGAAUUUUGCGCCAUUUCGUCACGCUUUUCAAUAAAAAAAGGAAAAUUACAGUAUACAUACAAUUUUCUAUUUUGCGCGUCACCUAUAAUAUGAAGGUAUACGGUAUUCAGAUCAGAAAAAAAAAACGUGACAAGCUUUCCCAGAAUAGAAUAUAACUUUCGCCUCUCAAAAACAUCUAAUUAGACUAUUUUCAGGGAGACGUUGGCCAAGCCCUGGUGAAAGACAAACGCGUCAACUUGGUCUCUUUCACCGGCUCGACGGAAGUUGGCCGAAUCGUCGGCCAACAGGUCCAGGGACGCUUUGGAAAGGUGAUUUUGGGAGGGAGUUUCAGAAAAAGCUGAGUAAAUUUUGAGCUUUAGGUCGAUUUAUUGUUCCAUUUUGUAGAUAGAUGCGAAUUCUAACGACGUUACUUUGAUCUGAAAAAUCAAAAAAGUAUAAAAAGGAACAUAUUUAUAUCCACAUACUUCAAAUUUCAACCAAAAGAGCUUCAGAAGAAGAUUUAUAAAAAAAUAAACAGCUUAAAAAACUGACCAGUAAUUUUUUCAUGGGCUGAUUGUUGAAAAGAUGGUCGGAAAGGGUUGAAAGAGGCUCCCUAGAAAUAUUCCUUUUUUUGCUGCCUUUUUGCACCAUUUUAUCGGCCCUUAUGCACCAUUUUUGCUGCCUCUCCCUUUCCCACCAUUUCUUGAGCCUUCAAAAUCCUAAAAAAAAAUGAUGACUCGAUGAAGGGACUUUUUUUAACUGCCUUUUAGCAACCAUUUUCCACCAUUCCGUAAGACUUCUCCUUAGAUAAAAAGUUGCCGUUUUUUCUCAGUAAAAUUUUAAAAAAUUGCCGUGUUUAACAGUGCGAAAUUCAGUCAAAUCCUGUCAGAUAUCAAGAUUUUUUAUUCGCAGCUUCUCCUCGAACUCGGCGGAAACAACGCGAUCGUCGUCAACGACGACGCUGAUCUCGAUAUGGUCGUUCCGGCGACUGUUUUCGCCGCCGUUGGAACCGCUGGACAACGGUUUAUUUUUCUCAUUUUCAAGACCAAUGUGUAUCGAAAAAUUGAGAAGAGAUGUUAGAAGCUAACACGUAGAGAUUUUUUUUUUAAAUUGACUUUUUUGGUUUUUUUCUGAUUUUUCAGAUCUGGUCGGUUUCACAAAACAUGUAUUUAUUUGUUCAUUUCAUUUCCAAAUUACUCAGUUUGUUUUUUUAAACUAGGUCGUUUACAGCUUGGAUCUGGUCGCUUUCGCAAAAAAAUGGCUGUUUUCCAUCAUUUAUAUUUAUUUUUUUAAGCGAAUAACUUCUCAGAAAUUGCUAGGAAAAAAACUUCUCCUGUUUUUUUGAUAACCUUGCACAAACGAGAAAGAGUUUCGGAAUUUAAAAAAAUUUUUUUUUAGGUAUCUGGGUUCUUACUAUCAAAAAAAUAAUAAUUCUAGUUAUUAUUUCUAUAAUUUUUUUCAGAUGCACCACGACCCGUCGUCUUAUCAUCCACGAGAAAGUUUAUGACCAGGUCUGUUCUAACAUAUUUUUAUAUAACAUAUUUUAUAAUAAUUUUUUUCCCGGAAAGCGUUGAAAUCUGAGCUGACGGUUACUCGAAUCUUGUUUCAUUAAAAAAAGACAGAAACUUAUAAAUUUUGAAGAUUUUUUUAUUAAAAAUUGAUGACAUUUCGGAGUUUCUGAAGCUUGGAGGAAUUUUUACUUGAAAGUUUGUGAAAUUUCGAAUUUUGAACUCUUUUUCACAUGGUAAUUUUCGAUAAAAAAAUUAAAGUUUUGGUAUUCGAAAUUGAUUGAAAUUGAACAAAUUUCGGAACUUGUUUUUAGGGGCUUUUCAUUCAUUCAUUCAUUAUUUCAAGUGUUUAUUCGCCAAUCCGUAAUCUGUACGACAAAUACAAAAAAUAAAUAAAACUUGAUCAAAUUUGUUUAUUCUUUUUUGUUUAUUUUGAUCGACGUUGUAUAAAAAACCGCAAUAACAGUUUCAUUCAGGUCCUGGAACGACUGAAGAGAGCCUACGCUCAGUUCGAAUCGAGAAUCGGAGAUCCAUUGGAAUCGACCACGAUUAUUGGACCUCUGCACAACCACGAGGCCGUCCUCAAGUUCAAGGCUUCCAUCGCGGAGGCGAUCGCCCUCGGCGGAAAAGUCGAGUACGGAGGAAAGGUGAUUGAAUUAAGAAGUUGGAACGACGGAAAGAAAGAAAAACUAUAAUAUGACGAAAUAGGAACAGUCAUAGGAAAUUUUUGAGGCUUCUUCCGAGAACAACUUCCGUUACUUCAUCGAAAAGAAUUUUAAAAAAAUUUUUCACAAAAAAACGUUUUCUUUUUUAACUUUUUAGAGACGGCGAAAAAAAGUUGAAUAGUAGUUGAAUUUUUGAGCAGGCUGAACUAAAGAAAAAAAUAAAUAAAUAAAUAAUGAAAGAAAAAAACCAUUUGAAAUUUUUUUAUAUUUUUCUGUCACGCCUCAGCCUCUAAUAGAAACGGUAAAAAGUGUUGAAAAAAAUGUUUCAAAAAAAGUUCUUUGGAUGAUUUUGGAAGAUUAGUAUUGCUCACGAAAAAUAAAAAGAAUGAAAGAUGUUUUUGAACAAGUAGAAAAAAACAAAAAAAGGUGAAUAAUUUUAUAUAUGUGUGUGCGUGUAUAUGGACGGAAUAGAUUACACCCAAAACUUUUAUGUACUGGGUAUAAAAAGAGGUAGUCGUGAGUCAGGGGUCGGCGUCGUCUGCGACGGCGUUGUCAACGGCGGCGGACGACGUGGUCGGCGAUGAGGUGGAGGCGAGGCGAGGGUUGAUAUUGAAUUGAUGAUCAGUGGAGUUAGACCCUUAUAUAGUGGUCUAAUCUUCCACGUGAUCUCUUUCUUAGUCACGCCUUUUUUACAUUCUCAACAAAUAACUUUUGGAAUUUUUCGCCAGAAGAUGCUUUAUUUCGAGAAAAAUUAUUCUGACACGUCUUAUUCUCAAAAAGCAGUGUUGAAAAAUUUCGAAAAAUCUUCUCAUUUUUUGAAGACACUCUUGAAAGUUCCAUGCACUUUUCCCAUUUGCGAUAAAUGAAGAUCAAAUUCGUAGAAAAAAAAUUUUCUCGUGAUAUGGAGAUUUUCAAUUUUAUUUUUAAAGUGAGAUGUCUAGGAUCACGAUUUAACGCUCCAAAUCGAGAGUAUAGUCUAUUCCGCGCCAGCUUGUCACGUUUUUCUUCACGCCAAAAAGACCGUAUACAAAAUUAGAUGAAAUUUCUGCUUUUAUAACGACAAGAAACAAAGGUCUUGAAGCGAAAAUUGGUUAAAUUUGACCUGGCCUUUUGGCGGAAAGAAAAAAGUGACAACCUGGCGCGGAAUGGCCUAUAACACAAAAAGAACCCCAAAAGGUUUUUUUUUUGCUGCUGGUUCAUUUUUCCAAAUGAACUCUAAAAUGACAAAUUUUGAGAACCAAAGAUGCUAAAAUGGUUUGAUAGAUUUUACGCUGUUUUAAUUUUCUUGAGAAAUCCAGAUUUUAAAGCCUCAUCUUUCUAGGUUUUGGAACGCGACGGAAACUUUGUUCUGCCGACGAUCGUGACCGGUCUGAAGCCGGAUUCGCCGGUCGUCCUGCGGGAGACCUUCGCUCCGAUUCUGUACGUCUUGAAGUGCAAGGACGUCGACGAGGGCAUCCGGAUCAAUAACAGUGUUGGUUUUUGAUUUUUCACCUCAAACGGACAAAAGAAUUGUCGUGAAAAGUUCAAAAGUCUCUUCUAAGCUUACUUUCCUCAGAUUUUUCUCAAAUCAACCGUUUUGGUCACAUCUCAUCAUUUAGAGUUAUAUCGAUUUUUUUUUUGAAAAAGUAACUCCAAUCAAAAUGAUAAUAAAUGAUCUAGGAAGGUGUUUUGAAGGCGACGAAUUUUUUCGUACUCUUUAUCAUGAACUUGCUCAGCAACGCCAAAGUGCUCCCUAUAGGGGAAAUCGUAGGUGAACUCACUUUUCACAGAUUUUUAUUCAAGUUGACCCUUCCCUGUCUUUUUUGUCUUUAUUGAUUUUUUUAUUCACUAAAAAAUAAUUUUCUUACAGUCCGCCCAAGGACUCAGCUCCUCGCUGUUCACUUCGAACCUGCAGAACGUUUUCAAAUGGAUGGGGUUGGUUUUUUUUUCAAAUAUUAAUUGAGAAUCUUCAUAAAAAACUAAAUCACUGUUAAGGUUCUUAAAAUGAUUAUCACAGAAAAAAAAUUCGAUGGCUAGAUUGACGAAAGUAGCAUUGAGAAGUCACAAAAAACAUUUUUGAAAAGAAUUUUUUUCAAAAUUUGAACAGAAAUUGACCCUUCUUCAUAACUUCCUCGAAAAAAUUCCACUCAUUCUCGGUGUUCUUUUGAAGAUUCUGAUAUUUUCCCAUGUUUUCCUGAUAAGCUGGGAAUGUUUGCUUUCUGAAUUAUCACUUAUCAUCAUUUUCGCGGAAAUGACGAGAAAAGUUGCUCAAGGUGAUGAAAACGUUCCAUUUAUAGGAAACUGACGAAAAGACCAGAAAAGGGACUUGAAACACGUUGUUGUUUUUUAUGCCGUGUUCAAUUUGAUUCCGCGAAUUGCAAAACACGCGUUAGAGAAGGAAAAUAUCACUAAAUUUUGGAGAUUCAGAGAUAAUUUUGCAUUUCGCAGAAUCAAAUUAAACACGGCAUUGUGAUGCGUUUUUCUUAGCCACGUCAAAAUAUUUAAAAAUUAUUUUUUUAUCGAUGAAGGAAGCGUUUAGGAAAAAUAAAUUAUUAGAAAAAAAUACAAAAAAAGUUGUAACAGAAGUGAAAGAAUCCAAAAAAAUUUUGAUAAAAAAAUAAUUUAUAGAAGCCCAAAAUUAACUGAAAAAUCGAAAAACUCCACAUUUUUUUUAGUAUCACUGAAGAAGGAAUUUUGAUGUAAAGUGCGUCUUUUCUGAGAAUUUUUUGUGUUUUUGAGCAUAUAAUAUAUUUUUUUAACCUCACUGAUUGCAAAAAUAGCAGUAAAAAAGAUUUUACUGCCAUUUUUUCCACUGCUUAGGACCCAAAGAAGGGGCCUGGCCAUCUGCGCUCUCAAGUAACCAUUUUAUCUUUUUUAUCUUGUCAGGAUCUUUUUUUCGCUAGUUCAAGCCAGUACUGAAUCAGCUGUAGAGGAUACUCAAAGCUUCAACUUAAAAGAGCUUGACCGAAUUAAAAAAGCUUGACCGAAAAUUCAGACCUUUUACGAAAAAUAAGCGAAUUCCAGACCAAAGGGAAGCGACUGCGGCAUCGUCAACGUGAACAUUCCGACGUCGGGCGCCGAGAUCGGCGGCGCCUUCGGAGGCGAAAAAGAGACUGGCGGCGGCCGCGAGUCUGGCAGCGACUCCUGGCGUCAGUACAUGCGUCGCUCGACCUGCACCAUCAACUUCAGCAAGCAACUUCCCUUGGCUCAGGGCAUCAAAUUUGAAUAA